CCGUAAUUUUUGACCUUUGAACUUUUUUGUUUACACCAAGUCGCUUUUCUCCUGUUCAAAACACUUAUUGAACUGUGGACUGUGGGGCGUGGGCCUUCUCGGACAAGUACUAUUUUAUCUAGAUCUAAAUUAAAAGCUGGUCACCAUGGCAUCAGGAGAGCAGAUCACAUUGGAUUUUACUAAGCUGGAGGCCCCACCUGCUUUGAAUGAUGAAGUAGAAAAGUCUCUUUCAGCUGUAUCAAAGACAGUAAACGUGUCUGUCUCAGGAAAGGAACUCAAAAUCUAUGUGGAAGAGGUUGUGAAGAAAGACAGUACACCCAGAUUUGGAAUUCUUUUCUUGCAUGGAAUGAGAUUUUCCUCCAAGAACUGGUUGGAUAUCAAGUCUGUGUGUCAUGUGGCCAACUGGGGUUACCGAGCAGUUGCUGUAGACCUUCCAGGUUAUGGUAAAAGUGUCAAUACUAUGGCACCAGAGCUUAACUCUGAGUUAUUACAGAGUUUGAUGAGAGUGCUCGACCUGCAGCGCCCAGUGAUUGUAUCGCCCUCAAUGAGUGGAUCUUUCUCCUUGCCUUAUCUGUUUGAAAAGCCUGGGUCUUGCCAAGACAGGAGCAGAGGCUAUGUACCUGUGGCUCCCGUCCUCACCGAAAAAUUUGUGGCCAACUAUAAACAAGUUGAGCUUCCGACUUUAGUCGUUGUUGGAACAAAUGACAAGAUGCUUGGAGCUGAAAGUACCAAAAACCUGAUGCAGCUGCCUCGUGCUCAGUACGCGCCCAUAGAAGGUGCUGGACAUGCCUGCUAUCUGGACAACCCGGAUGCAUUUCACAGACUGCUUUUCUUUUUCUUGCAGCAGUUGAAGGACUGAUUCCUUAGAAAAGAGAGAUACUAUGAGUGAAGGACUGAUUUCUGCUGUCAAUUGAUUUAUUGAGAAUGUCUGCUUUCUCUGAUUUCAGAAUCGAUUCUAUAUUUGGAGUCUUGUCAUGUCAUCUGCUGAUUUCUUGUGAAUGGCUGAUUUGUUGUACAGAGCAUCAUAAAACUGAGAAUAAAACAGUGUUAGAAUGAAAAA